AUGCAUUGGGUAAAGGUCCUUGCCAAAUAUAGCACACCAGACCAAGAACGGGUAGUUCCCGCGGCUAAUUCGACGGCUCCUGCAAGCCAGAUUCUCGGACUUUCGUCUAUCGAUAAUCUGUCAGACAAGAGAAGUGAUCACAUCGAAAUCAUCAAAGUCAAGAUGCUUUUCAACACAUUCGUUACCGUUGCCAUCACAGGCCUCGCCCAGCUUGCUGCCUCCCAGUCUAUCGACCCCAGCACUGUAACCGACGCAACCAAAGACCAAUGGUGUACUGACCAGAAGAGUGCCUGCCCACUCAUUUGCUUGCAACUUCCAGGAACAUCGGGCCAACCAAAGGCAAAUACCUGCGAUCCGACCUCCUUAGCCUACUCUUGCAUCUGCAGCAACGGCCAACAACCAAACUCGAGUCAAUACUCCCAGACUAUCCCCUACUACGAAUGUACCCAAUCAGCCACCGACUGUGUCAACAAAUGUGAACAAACAGACACAUCUUGCCAGAGUGCUUGCCGCUCAGACAACCCUUGCGGUGCGCAGCAUCCCAUACGGUUGAAUACUUCCACAAUCUCGACCAUGGCGGCCACGACCACUUCUGGUGGAGGCGUGGCCAGCAGUGCAAGCAAUUCCGCUAGCAACACAUUCACUGGCUUUGGAGGGUCAUCCACCGCGUCAAGCAAGAGUGUUGCUCCUGCCCGUAUCCAGGGCCUUGCUCUCGGUCUUGGUGGCAAAUACGGUCUCCUUGUUGUCCUCGGUGGUAUGAUGGGCGGAUUCAUGUUUAUGCUUUGA